AUGGCAUACCAAAAACUUCAUCACUUAGAUGCAUUUGAUCAACAAAAGUCUGGAAGCUUGUCAAAGGACACAACUCGUGAGAAUACUACUCGACGGACCAAAUUAACCCGUUUAAUUAAGUACUGCUUUCAGAAUUAUAAAUACAAGUCAGAGUCCCAUAUAUAUAACUGUUAUCAAUUCUCGGGGCCCACAAUCCUCACCUUUUUGAAAUUAUGUGCAACUACUCUUGCGGUAAACCUCGUAGUUUCGAGCGAGUAUGGAAAUAAAACGAGUCCAAUCAUGUAUGGCCUGAUGUUUGAGGAUAUCAAUCACUCCGGCGACGGUGGUCUCUACGCAGAACUAAUCCGCAACCGUGCCUUCCAAGGCUCUGGUAAUACCACAAAUCCAACCCUUGCUGCCUAUCGCGCUGUCGGCGAUGCCGUCAUAUCCAUUGAUACCACCAACCCGCUCUCCCCCGCGCUGAAAAAUGUAAUGAAGGUCACCCCAAUCUCAUCAGACGCUACCCAAGUGGGUUUUCUCAAUGAAGGAUUCUGGGGAAUCAAUGUGAAAGAUCAAGAAUACACCGGAAGUUUCUACGUCAAGGGACAAUAUAACGGGGCAUUCAUAGUUUCACUCAAGUCGAACCUUACGAGCAAGGUAUAUGCACAGAAGAAGGUCAGGUCCGCGUCGAAACCGGAUGUAUGGACCAAACAUGAGUUUGUGCUUCACCCAGAAGCCGCACCGAACGUGAACAAUACAUUGCAGAUCACAUUCAACGCCAAGGGCUCGGAGGAGGGGCUGUGGUUUAGUAUGAUUAGUCUGUUCCCACCAACAUACCAUGGAAGGAAGAAUGGGUUAAGGAAGGACUUGGCGGAGAACUUGGAGAAGUUCAAACCAACUUUUCUGAGAUUCCCAGGUGGAAAUAAUCUUGAGGGAGACGAACCUCCAUACCACUGGAAAUGGAAUGAAACAAUUGGUCCAUUAAUAGACCGCCCUGGUCGUCCAGGUACAUGGGGUUAUGAAAACACAGAUGGCCUAGGAUUAGUUGAAUAUAUGGAAUGGUGCGAUGAUAUGAAUCUGGAACCAAUACUUGACGUCUGGGCUGGCUAUUACCUCUCAGGACCUACAAUCCCCCAAGAAGAGCUAGAAUUUUACAUCCAAGACGUCCUCAACGAGCUUGAAUUUCUCAUGGGCUCCAUCGAUACUCCCUACGGUUCCCUCCGUGCCCAACUCGGUCACCCUAAACCCUGGGUGAUCAACUAUGUCGAAGUUGGCAAUGAGGAUGAUGUCGGCGGGGGCGCAUCAUACAGCGCCUACCGCUUUCCAAUGUUCCGCGACGCCAUCAAAGUUGCAUACCCGCACAUGACGAUCAUUGGCUCCACCCCUAAAAUCGACCCUAUACCAGAUGGUGCAUGGUUAGAUUAUCAUAGAUAUACAAGACCGGAUGACUUUGUGUCGCUUUUUGGUAUGUUCGAUAAUUGGAAUAGAAGUCAUCCGGUAUUUGUGGGAGAGUACGCAUAUAUUCAACCUAAUAAACCAGGCGGCGGGGGCCCGGAAUGGGGUGGGGCGUGGAGGUCCCCAUAUACGACGUUGAUAGGGAUGAUAUCAGAGGCAGUGUUUGCAAUUGGGAUGGAGAGGAAUGCGGAUUUGGUCAGAGCGGCGGCGUAUGCGCCUAUAUUACAGAACUUGAACAGUUACCAGUGGAGCCCUGACUUGAUAUCCUUCACAGCCGACCCAGAGGAGACUGCGCUUUCAAUCAGCUAUUACCUCCAAAAACUCUUCUCAACCCAUCACGGAACUACCGUACUUCCGGUCACCUCAGAUGUCAAAUUUGGACCACUGUACUGGUCUGCAUCCAGUACCGAUGAUGGUGGAUACUACCUCAAAAUUGCCAACUACAACGGUACUACAACCACUGUAACUUUCGAAGUCCCUGAUGACAACGUUAUCAAGGGUAAACUUACAACUUUAAGUGCACCUUCUCCAUUCUCCGAGAAUAGCCCAAAGAAUGAGACAAGUAUAUGGACGGAAAAGGAUGUUAUUAAGGGCGCAGAUGGGAAGUUCGCGUUUGAUUUGCCGGAUUUGACGGUUGCUGUUUUGGCGGUGAAGUAA